GUGUGUACAGGGCUUGGGGCUAGGGAGGGCGCCCAGGCAAACGCGCACCCUCGCAGCGCACCACAGGGAGCAGGACAAAUUUGUGAGCAUAGAGAGCGGGCGGGGUAUCUGUGAGGAGUUUCCCGCGGCGUUCCCAAGUUACUGCGUGCUGUCGUGAGAUGUGCUUCUGCCUGGCAGGACAGGCGUGAGGACUGAGCUCUCACGCGCUUGGCCAGGAAAGCAAUGUUGACAGACACCAGUCGCAACGAGAGACAAGUAGGGUAAGAGCGAAUCUCAGCUCAUUCCAGAUGCAGAGGUAAACAACCGCCGUUUGCACCGCUGUCCUCAAAGAGGUACCCAGCGGACCCUUCCCUGAACCUUGGACUGAUGCUGGCGCAACUCCGGCAGCCUGUACCGCCGGCUUCUGCAGAGGUCUUGGCUGGAAGGAGGUGUGUGCCUGUGGGAGCAGGAAUCCUUUGAACUGUCUACACUAGACCUCUUUGGCCUUGUGUGGAUGUGGAAAUCACUUAAGGCUGCUUUCCCUCCUUGUAAUUAGUAUUCGAGUGCAUCUGCAGGGUUUGCCUCUGGCUCCUCCUCGUUGAACCUUAGGUGUGAGCUGGGAAAAGGGCGCCCUGCUUCUCUGGAAUGUAUGCUGUGCUUGGACUUCUUCGUGGGUUCACUUGGCACAAGGCUAGUUGCUGGUAUUCAGCCUUCUAGCGUGGAUUAAUACAAAAGGAUCUUUGCUCUGAAUGCCUUCACGUUUUAUAUCCUUAACCCUUCGGAUUUCUUAGAUGUCAUAGUUCAGGUACCUAUUACACCAUUCCUUGGCAAAGGCUACUCAGCACUGGUGACCUCUUCCAGUGCAGCACUCUACAAAUUAUUAUCUCUGGACUCCCAGCUGACACACUGCCGGAGGCAAAAGCUACCAAGCCAGCUGGAACUGCGCCUAUUCUCUUGUCAAGGUUUUUUUCUUAUACAGGGAAAAAGAAGAAAAAAAGAUGAAGCUGGGCAAAGUAGAGUUGUGCCAUUUUCUACAGCUUAUAGCUCUCUUCCUGUGCUUCUCUGGGACAAGUCAAGCUGAGCUGCCAAGGUCCAGAUCCAAGCCGUAUUUUCAGUCAGGGAGAUCCCGAACCAAGCGCAGUUGGGUGUGGAAUCAGUUCUUCGUGCUGGAAGAAUACAUGGGUUCAGAUCCCCUCUAUGUAGGCAAGCUUCACUCUGAUGUUGAUAAAGGAGAUGGUUCCAUCAAAUACAUCUUGUCAGGCGAAGGGGCGAGUUCCAUUUUCAUUAUUGAUGAGAACACUGGGGAUAUUCAUGCCACCAAGAGACUGGACCGGGAGGAGCAGGCCUAUUACACACUCAGAGCCCAAGCUCUGGACAGACUCACCAACAAGCCUGUGGAGCCCGAAUCCGAGUUUGUUAUCAAAAUUCAGGAUAUCAAUGACAAUGAGCCCAAAUUUCUGGAUGGCCCAUACACAGCAGGAGUUCCUGAAAUGUCUCCUGUGGGGACUUCAGUGGUACAAGUGACAGCCACAGAUGCUGAUGAUCCUACCUAUGGCAACAGCGCUCGGGUGGUCUACAGUAUUCUGCAAGGACAGCCAUACUUUUCUGUGGAACCAAAGACAGGAGUCAUCAAGACUGCCCUUCCAAACAUGGAUAGAGAGGCUAAAGACCAGUAUUUGCUUGUCAUUCAGGCAAAGGAUAUGGUUGGUCAAAAUGGCGGACUGUCUGGAACCACUUCAGUCACCGUGACCCUAACUGAUGUCAAUGAUAACCCACCUCGCUUUCCACGACGAUCUUACCAGUAUAAUGUUCCAGAAUCUUUGCCUGUGGCAUCAGUCGUGGCCAGAAUUAAAGCUGCUGAUGCAGAUAUAGGAGUUAAUGCAGAAAUGGAAUACAAAAUAGUGGAUGGUGAUGGAUUGGGUAUUUUCAAGAUAUCUGCUGACAAAGACACACAGGAAGGAAUCAUUACAAUACAAAAGGAACUCGAUUUUGAAUCCAAAACAAGUUACACGCUGCGCAUAGAAGCUGCAAAUCGUGAUGCUGAUCCCCGCUUCCUAAGUUUGGGUCCCUUCAGUGACACAACAACCGUAAAGAUAAUCGUGGAAGAUGUGGACGAGCCCCCUGAGUUUUCCUCACCCUUGUACCCAAUGGCGGUGUCAGAAGCUACGCAGGUGGGAAAUGUCAUUGGCACUGUAGCAGCUCAUGACCCGGAUUCUUCUAACAGCCCUGUAAGAUAUUCAAUUGACAGAAACACAGACUUGGAGAGAUAUUUCAAUAUCGAUGCCAACAGUGGAGUUAUCACUACUGCUAAAUCAUUGGAUCGAGAGACAAAUGCUGUUCAUAACAUUACAGUCCUCGCAAUGGAAAGUCAGAAUCCAUCUCAGGUUGGGAGAGGCUAUGUGGCCAUCACUAUACUGGACAUUAAUGACAAUGCACCCGAGUUUGCCAUGGACUAUGAAACCACUGUCUGUGAAAACGCUCAGCCUGGGCAGGUUAUCCAGAAAAUCAGUGCUGUAGAUAAAGAUGAGCCAUCUAAUGGACACCAGUUUUACUUCAGCUUAACAACAGAUGCAACAAAUAACCACAACUUUUCAUUGAAAGAUAACAAAGACAACACAGCUUCAAUACUCACCAGGAGAAAUGGCUUCCGCAGACAGGAACAGUCAGUUUACUACCUGCCAAUUUUCAUUGUGGACAGUGGAUCUCCUUCCCUGAGCAGUACCAACACACUUACCAUCCGUGUCUGUGACUGCGAUGCCGACGGCAUUGCGCAGACCUGCAACGCAGAGGCCUAUGUUCUGCCUGCCGGCCUUAGCACCGGGGCCCUGAUAGCAAUCCUGGCCUGUGUCUUGACACUGUUGGUGCUGAUCCUGCUCAUCGUCACAAUGAGAAGACGGAAAAAAGAGCCUCUUAUUUUUGACGAGGAGAGGGAUAUUAGAGAAAACAUUGUCAGGUACGAUGAUGAAGGUGGGGGAGAAGAGGAUACCGAAGCCUUUGACAUGGCUCUGAGAAACCUCAACGUGAGGGACACCAAAACCCGCAGAGAUGUGACUCCUGAAAUUCAGUUCUUGAGUCGACCGACUUUUAAAAGCAUCCCAGAUAAUGUAAUUUUUAGGGAAUUUAUUUGGGAAAGACUGAAAGAAGCUGACGUGGAUCCAGGAGCUCCUCCAUAUGACUCUCUGCAGACCUAUGCUUUUGAAGGAAAUGGCUCAGUUGCUGACUCACUCAGUUCUUUAGAUUCCAUCAGCUCAAACUCUGAUCAGAAUUAUGACUACCUAAGUGACUGGGGUCGCUUUAAACGGCUGGCUGACAUGUAUGGAAACGGCCCAGAGAGUUUGUACUCAUAGCCUUGGACAGUUCACUUGAAAUGUACUGAAUAAAAAGGCAGCAUCAAAAAAAAGAAAAAAUAAAUAAAUAAAAGAGAAGGAAAAGGGGGAAGUAUUACAUGCAGUAAACAAGAACUUUCACUU